AUGGCCAAUUCAAAGUACCCUCCCUCCCUCAUUUACCAUAUCACAUUCUCGUUCACCACUAAUGCGAACAACCACAGGUACGAAUACGUCAAGGCGUUCGAGCAGCCGGACCUGCUCAUCCCCAACACGUGGAUCGUGGUGCGCAUCGACGGCCGGGGAUUCCACAAGUUCGCGAGCAAGUAUGAUUUCGAGAAGCCGAACGACAGACGGGCGCUGGAUCUUAUGAACGCGGCGGCCAUGGCCGUCAUGAACGAGCUGCCGGAUAUCGUCCUUGCGUACGGGAUCAGCGAUGAGUAUAGCUUCGUCUUCCACAAAACCUGUACGCUGUUUGAGAGGCGGUCAAGUAAAUUGGUCUCGACGAUUGUGUCAACUUUCACAGCUUACUACGUCCAUCUAUGGUCCACCCACUUCCCGGACGUGCCGCUCACGGCGCCGCUGCCGAGUUUUGAUGGGAGGGCGGUACAGUACCCUAGCGUGCAGAACCUGAGAGAUUAUAUGAGCUGGAGACAGGUUGAUUGUCACAUCAAUAAUCUGUACAACACCACUUUUUGGGCGCUGAUUCUGAAUGGUGGGUUUGAUGCCAAGGGUGCUGAAAAGGAGCUGGCUGGAUCACUGGCUGCGGAUAAGAAUGAGAUCUUGUUUUCGAGAUUCAAGAUCAAUUACAACAACGAGCCUGAGAUAUACAAGAAAGGCAGUGUGGUCUUUCGGGAUUACGAAUUAGUCGAGCCGGGGACAAAAUCAGAGAUCAUAGACGAAGACUCCGCCAAGACAGUAGAAGAGCUGGCCCUGUCCAAGACCCAAGAGGAGAAGGACAGGAAGAGGAGAGCGAAGGCCAGAAUCACAGUCCACCACGUAGACAUCAUCCGGGAUGAGUUCUGGGAGCGAAGACCAUGGUUAUUGUCGAACAAGCCAGGCAAGAUACCCAAGGAGCCUUGA